ACUCUUCUCAUUCUUCUUUUAUUUUUCUCUCCUUCUUCACUCAUUUUAAUGGAUUCAAAUAAUUCAAAUGAUCUCAACAAACUCUUUUACGAUUUUAUUGAAGAAGAAUUAAUGGACAACACAAAUCAAGGACUACUAAUGUUAAUGCUGGAAUGUUAAUAUGAAAGUUUCUCUAGGUCAAAGAGAAGAACAAUGAUAAAUCAUAGUAGUGAAGGACACAAUCUAUUAUUCAAUGAGUGCUUCUUAGAAAUUUUAUUAUACACAAAUGCUCUAAUUAUGUAGAAGCUUCAAAAUGCAUAGACAUGUGUUUCUUGGAAUUAUAGCCACCAUUGGAAAUUAUGAUGAAUAUUUUCAAAUUAGGGCUGACGCAAUGAACAUGCGUUCUCUGAUUAGAAAGGUUGAGGUUUUUCAGUUGCUUUUGGAGUAUUUGAAUGAUUCGGGUUCUAAGGGGUGUAAUCUUCCGUCUUUGCUUUGUUUGAAGGAGCUUUAUUUGUUGCUGUAUAGGUCGAAGAUUCUUCUUGAUUACUGCGCGCAAUCGAGUAAGUUGUGGCUUUUGCUUCAGAAUCAAUCGAUUUUCAGGGCAUUUUCAUGAUUUGAAUCAGGAUAAUCCUUAAAGCCAUCAAAAAAAUUCAAGAGUUUUCAAGAGAGUGAUUGGUUUCUAUAAUAAGAGAAGUUGAAGGUGAACCACCAAACAUGUUAUUUCCAAAAUACAAGGAAAGCCUCUUAUUGCUUCAUCACUCUUAUCAUCUUUUCUCUUUCACCAUCUUAUUCUUCUUGUCUAGGAAAACUAUUGUAAGACAAUAAAGACAAGUUUCAACUGCUAAAAGUUUAUAUAUAAAAAAUGGAUAUUAUAAAUUCUACAGUAAUAUGUUCAAGUCCUUAUCCUAAUUCUCACAAGAGUGUGUGGAUGUUAGGCAACCCACUUGCUUCCCCCACUCCUCUUCUCUUUCUGCAGGUUUCACUUAUUACUGUAGUUACACAACUCAUGGAUGCUUUUCUCAGACCACUAGGACAAACUUCCCUUGUAUCUCAGAUUCUUGGAGGAUUGGUAUUUGGUCCAUCCAUGUUGGGGCACAAAAAGAUGGUGACAAGAAUCUUAUUCCCUAUGAAAGGUUCUUUAAUACUUAACACAGUGGCAACUUUCUGCCUCAAUUUCUUCUACUUCAUAUGUUGUGUAAAGAUGGAUACUGGAACAAUGCUGAAAACAGAAAAACAAGCCAUCACAAUUGGUAUUUCUGUAUUCGCGUUCGCAUUUGCAAUUCCUCUUGGAUUAUCCUUUGCAUUCACCAGUUUUGUUUCCAUGGACAAAACCCUCGCGUCUGCUCUCCCGUUAAUAGCCAUCUCGCAAAGCUUUACUGUAUUCAUCAGCAUAUCAGUCCUUCUAACAGAGCUUAAAAUCCUAAACACCAAUGUCGGCCGUCUAGCAUUAUCAUCGGCGAUGUUUACUGAUGUUGUUAGUCUCCCUUUGAUAACAGUUAUUUUUGCAGUAAUGCAGGUUAAAACUGCUAAUAAGAGUAUAGUGACACUGCUAUGGAUCCUUCUAUCCAUAGGUGCACUCUUGGUUGUUAUCUUCUAUGUAAUGAGGCCGACUAUAAUAUGGUAUAUAAGCCGGUUAAAUGGAAAGCCGAUUGACGAAUUUUGCAUUGUCUGUAUCAUUCUGUGUGUUCUCUUCACUGCAUUUUGCAGUGAAUUCAUUGGACAGCACUAUUCUAUGGGACCGAUAUUUUUAGGCUUGGCUGUUCCUGAAGGACCGCCUUUAGGAUCGACUUUGAUAUCGAAAAUGGAAACACUUACUGGUGGGUUUUUGUAUCCAUUAUACCUUGCUGUCAGUGGAUUGCAGACUGAUAUAUUCAAAAUCAACUUUCGGGCUGCUUGGAUUAUAACUGUCAUAGUGAUAGUCGCUUUUCUUGCAAAGAUCAUUGCUGUUAUUUUGCCAGGUUAUUAUUACAAAGUUCCAAUGAAAGAUUGUGUUGUGAUUGGGCUAGUUCUCAAUGGCAGAGGUAUAGCUGAGCUCUCCAUGUACAAUUUAAUGAAGAACGGCCAGCUACUAACAGGACAACUGUUCUCUUUUAUGGUGCUGACCCUUAUAUUGAUAAAUGGUAUCAUAGCACCACUGGUAAAAUUGACAUAUAAUUCUUCAGCCGAGUAUCGUUCAGGAAAAAGAAUUUCAAUACAACAUACAAAGCAAGAUUCCGAGCUCCGAAUCAUGGUAUGCUUUAACAAGAAUGAAGACAUCCCAACAAUGUUCAACAUCAUAGAAGCAUCGUGUGCAAGCAGAGAGAGCAAUGUUGAAGUUAUAGCAAUUCACCUUGUAGAGCUUCUUGGAAGAUCAAGGCCUCUUCUCCUUGCUCACCAACCGCAUGACACGCUUCCGGUAACCAAUUGUGAUUCAACUCAACUCGACAAUGCAUUGAAGCAAUAUACACAGCUCAAUGAAGGGUGUGCACAUGUUCAAUCAUUCACAUCAAUCUGCGACUUUGACACAAUCCAUGAGGAUGUCUGCGGAAUAUCCCUCGACAGAAGAGCCAACAUUUUGAUCAUGCCAUUCCACAAAAGAUGGGAGAUAGAUGGAACGGUCGAGGUAAAGAAUAGAGGAGUCCAAACAAUAAACAUUAAAGUCCUCGAAAGAGCCCCUUGUUCAGUCGGAAUCCUCAUCGACCGAGCUAUCUUAAGCGGUUCUCCGUCACUUUUAAUAGGUAAAUCAGCAUACUAUGUAGGAGUACUCUUCAUUGGCGGUGCAGAUGAUGCUGAAGCACUAGCCUAUGCUAGCAGAAUGGCUAGACACGAGUGUGUGAAUGUAUCUGUUAUUCGGUUCCUUGUUUUUGGAGAAGAGAAUUCAAAAGAUAGAAAAUAUGAAACUAAUCUUGUAGAUGAAUAUAGAUAUUGUAAUAACAGAAAUAGUAGGUUUGAGAUAACCGAAGAAGUAGUGAAAGAUGGAAUAGAAUUUUCUACGAGUGUAAGAGGAAUGGUAGAUUGUUUUGAUUUAGUUAUGGUAGGGAAGUCACAUCCACAAUCAGUAUUGUUACAUGGACAUGAUCAAUGGAGUGAGUGUCCAGAGUUAGGUGUGAUUGGUGAUAUGUUGGCUUCAAAGGAUUUUGUGAGAAAGGCAUCUGUGUUGGUUGUGCAACAACAAAGAAUGGGAGGGAGAUUCAUUAAUGCUAUGCCAAGUCAGAUUGUACAUAACGUUCCAAUGAAUGAACCACCAAUACCUUCUUGUACUAUUUCAAUAGAUGAAAAUGGCAGAAUGUAGAUACAUCUAUUUCAUUAGUGAUAAUUUUUUUUUUAUAUUUUUUAGUUCACUCCUUUGAGUUUCCUUUCUACUUCUUCCUUAGAAUUAUUUGUUUAUAAAUACAAACUGAUAUUCUUACACGAUUCAAUUCUAUUCGACCCA